AUCUCAUUUUACUCCAAAACAACAACCAAAAACUUUACCCCCAUUUCUCAUCCCUGGGUUCAUUUUCAAUUAUGCACUCGGCAGCAGAAUGUCAAAAAGCACUCUGCUUCUUCUGCAUCAUGAACCACCCAGACCCAUUGGUUAGGAGAUCCCAAGCAUCUCAUUUCUUCCAACAGAUGCCUCUCACAGGCGACAAAGACCACGUCUUGGUCCUCAGCAGCCUCCGAAACAUCGCCAUUGCUCAACCUGACGACCCUGAGUUCCCUUCCCUCGGCAUCUUCACCUCCAUGACCCGCCUCAUCCAAAAGGGUAUCCACCACAAGCAAUGGCUUCUGAAAGACCAGAACAUCUACAUCCCUUACUACGCUGCCCACAUCAUCGGCACCUAUGCCACGAGCAACCCUCAAUCCGCUGCAAAAGCAGCCGAAUCGGGAGCAAUCCCGGCUCUGUUGGAGCUUCUAAGAGGGAAAAUCAGCUGGGUCGAACAGCGCGCCGCGGCUGGAGCACUCUGCCACUUGGCUUCCCACGACGUAGUAUUCCGUGCUACCAUGUCAGAAACAGAGGACAUCGUGGAGCUUGCCAUGGAAAUCGCUUCGAGCUGCCUCGGAACUGUGUACCGGCAGUUUCUGGCGACGGAAGAGAGGAAUCGGUUGAAGUACCACUGCGAAUUGCUGACCAGAGGGCUUGGAGGUGUGGAAACAGAGAACAAAAAGGCAGAGGAAUGGGGGGUUCAGUUGCAGGAAUGGUGUCUUUACCUUCUGACAUGCUUCGCUGGAAAAGGGAGUGGUAGAUUCCUCGAUCGAAUCUGCGAAUUGGAGUUCCUGACGGAACUAUGCGGGAUGAGAGGCGGAAUCGAGAGCUGCAAAGAUUCCCCUGGCGGGCUCGGAUUGAUCAGAGAGCUCUGCAAUUCCGAAAUCGGCAGAGACAGAAUUAGCAACCGGAGAGAAGUACUUGAGAAUUUGUGUGACGUGGCGCGAUCUUCGGAUUACUGGCACGAAACAGCGAUCGAGUGCCUCGUUUUACUUCUGAAAGACCCCGGAACCAGAAACAGAGUGAUCGGCUUCUCUGCCGCAGCGAUGGCGCAAUUGGUCGAGCUUCGGCGAACAGGGGAGACGAUAACGCGGGCUCUGCUGCAGGACUACCACAGGAUAAAGUACGGUGAGAUGAGAUUGGGAAGCGCCGAAGCGGAGAAGGCGCUGGAAGAGACGUGGGAACUGAAGGUCGAGAGGAAGAAGAAAGAGAAGGUUAUGAAUACAGAGGAAUUGAAACAGAGGGAAUUAAUGGCUGGUUUGUUGAAACGGGAAGGGAACGAGAGCUUCUGGCGCGGGGAAGUCGAGAAGGCGGUGAGCGAGUACUCGAAAGCUCUUGAGGUCUGUCCUUUGAAGCUGAGAAGGGAGAGGAUCGUGUUGUACAGCAAUCGGGCUCAGUGUUGUUUGGUGAUGAAGGAAGCUGAACUCGCCAUUGGCGAUGCGACGAGAGCUAUGUGUUUGUCGGGUGGUUCGCGGCCUCACCGUAAGAGCCUGUGGAGGAGAGCGCAGGCGUUCGAUAUGAAAGGGCUGGGUAGGGAGAGCUUGAUGGACGGUUUGAGAUUUGUUGAAGUGAGGAGGAGGAAGGACGUUGAGAUCCCCUGCUUCGCGGCACGGCUGGUUCAGAAGCAGAUGCAUGCCACGUGGCCUUUUGCGGCGGCGGUGAAGUCGGAGGUGGCUGCAGGAAAGUGCAAGAAAGUAGAAUGUUUGGACCACAGCCGGCGUAGCGAGGAGUAGGGGUGGAUCGAUUUCAAUACGUGGAUUAAUUACCCACGUGCCCACCCCUAGUGAGGAGUCAGUAUAUGCAAAGUAAGUGUAACUCGAUUUCGCCUGCGUAUCUCAAUCUCAAGUACAUUUAUAGAUUUCUAAGGUCGAGGCAAUGCAUUACAUUUUCUUUAUAAAUUGUUAUUAAUAGUGAGUUUAUUAAAUUUAACAAUCCCUUAUAAACUAUAGAUUGAACGGUUUAUAAAUGUCUGGCCUGGUUGUCCACGGCUCGGAUAGGCAUGUGCUUCUUGUCGUGGGUGCUUAGCAUUGUGGUAUCUCUGCUCCUUAUCUUGCAGAACUCCUUGCAGCUAGGGAUGCAAUCUCUCUUGCAACUUCUAGAAGUUUGUCUCCGGUUAUCAUCGAAGGCGAUGCAGAAGUGGUCAUCCGUCAGCUCAAGCUUCGAUUGGUGACCUCAUUCUUCGAGAUUGUUGUUAUCUUCUUGAGUCUUGUUCUCUUUGUAUAGAAUUUAGGGUAGUUCCGCGGACUGUUAACUGGGCUGCUCAUAGAGUGGCACGUAAAGCCCUGCUGCUGUCCCGGUUAGAGUUAGUUUCUUUUGACUUUGUUGGUUGGCUUGUAAGUGGGAUGGGAAGGGAUUGUGGGUAGUGGUUCUUUCUAACUAUGUUCUUGACAUUUCUCGGGGAAAAAAAGUAGUUAGUAAAAUUUUAAUCCUCUCCCGAAUUACUCGUAUGUAUCCGUUGGAUCGGUUGAAUUUUCUUCUCUAAAGCAUAGUUAGUAAAUACUCCGUUUAAUACACGUAUAUGUACCCGUACGUACUUUAUCCGUUUAAAACUUCCGUAUCCGUAUUAUUGUCAAGCCGUUUCAUUUUCCCCCAUUCAUUUGAUGACGCCCGUACUAAACACGUAUAAAACCCGUAUAACACGUUUAUUAUCCGUAUUUUAUGAAUUAAAUUGUUAACUUUAGUAUUAUUUACAUAUUUAUUUAUUUUUAAAAUGAUUAAUUUUAUAUAUUUAUGACUAUUAACGUACUAUUAAACGUAACUUUAGCUUAGAGACCAAGUAUAAUACCCGUACGUAUUUUUUACGUAACUUUCCCGUACCGUAUUUUACUAACUAUGCUCUAAAGGCCAAUGAGUAUUUUGCUGAUUUUUUUUUUUUACACUGCACCAUUUAUCCGUUGGAUUGAACUCUGUUUGUUCGAGUUUAGAGAAAUACUACACAUAAUCAUUCUUAUUCAUAUGCCUUGAAUUUAGAUAUUCUCAUUUAGAUUUCUAGCUGUGUUAUUGUCACGGAGUUAACAUUUGUUUUUAUUAUUUAUUUAAUUUAAAGUAUAGGUUUGGCCACUAAUAUCUUAAGAAGAAAAGACCAUUCCUUCAAUCACGACGUAAUAAAAGAGGCAAGUGAGGGAAGCUGAAGAAGGUGUGUGCUCAAUUUGGCCAAGAUCUCAGAAUACAGUGAGAAAGGGUGAGUGAGAGAGAGCGAUAAUUUGUACAUAGACAUCGACUUUUAGGGUUUAGUCCCUUAUGAUUAAGACUGGUUAUCUAAUUAAAGACAAACAACCAUAUAAGGUAGCGGAUCUAAAGUCCAAACAACUCGUCUUUUGGCCUACCUAAUCCAGAUUUCGAUUGAAUGAUAUAAUACCUAACUCACUAAUUGAGCUUUGCCUUACUAUUUCCAAUUAAUAACUCUAAACUAAUCUCUCUAUUCCUCUUGUACCCCCCCCCCCCCCCCCUCAUACCCGUAGGCCCAUGGAAGUAGUGGUGUCAAUCGGACAGGUUCCGGUUGGGUUAAAUCGGGUUACGGGUACAUCAUAUUUUGGAUUGGUUGGUUUCGAAUUUUUUAGAUUGCGGGUUAGUCGGGUUACAGAUUGAUCGGGUCGAGGGACAAUCAGAUUGUGAAUCAAUCGAAUUAUGGAACGGGAGAGUUACGAUCAUAUUAGGUUGCGGGUUGUUCGGAUCGGCGCAUUGUGUUACUUACUCUUAAGUCAUUACAACUUACAAUAAUUUCAAAAAAAAAUUACAAUUUUUAGAAAAUUUAUUUCUAUCUCGGUACUUAUAAUUUUUUUUAUAGAUGUAGUUAUAAAAGUUUUAAAACGCAAUAGAAUGACUUAACAAACCAAACUUAGCCCUCAUUUUUGAAACCAAAAUGCAACUCGAGCAUAACUUAAAUGGGCCAAACCUUUACUUUACUGUUGUAAAAUAACAAUCAUGUCGUGCAGGAGUUGCAACAAAUGUAUAGGUAUUAGAAAACAAGUAGACAAAUUAAGUGAACUUUUCCAAAAAAAUGUUUGUUGAAAUGAAUUGUUUAUUUAGUUAUUAAAGUCAUAAACAGUGCUAGAUAUACAUAUUUUUUAAACUUCAAAUUAUAUAACUUUGUACCAUAAAAAUAGUCAAAUUAGUUCACAUAGCUAUAUAAAGUGUGGUGUUUAUCAUUAAAUUAGUUCAUAUCAUGGGGUGCUAGAUUAUGUGUACUAUAACAUAGGUGAUUAGUUCAUGAUGAUAAGAUGACUGAUGAUAUGUUAUGAAAUAUAUUAUAAUCAAUUAGUCAUGCCCUAUAAGGUUAUAACAAAGUUCACUAUAGACAAUGUCUUAGUUACUAAAUGUUAAACUCUUAACUCAUUGUCGAUAAAGAUUGUGAUAAUCACAUUGAUAAAGAAUUAAGUAUAUGAUAUGUAAUGUUAAACAGUGCGCAUUUGACAUAGUUCUGAGUUAUGUUAUUUAGAUAGGAUAACUUAUGAUAUGUUCUCAAUUAUGCUAUAUCCAAUUGGUCAUGCCCUAUAACUUUAUACUAAAGUUUACUAUAUACAAUAUCUUAGUCACUAAAUGUUAUCCUAAACCAUCACAUGUAAACAUUGUGUUAAGUACAACUUUAAUACAUUCAUACAUAAUUUGCAACAUUAAUCAUUAAUUGACUAGAACUUCAAGUCUUGAAUGCAUCAUAUAUAUGUUCUAAUUUGCAACAUGAAACUAUAGUUAAAUAUUGAACAUUUCUCUCAAUGCAUAUGCUAAGAUGCCUCUGCAAAAUGAUUAUCCCAUACUUAGUAGGGUCGCAAUAAAAGUGUUUCAAACAAUAGUUACAUUUUCAGGGUGCAGAUCAAUCCAAACAACAGUUGUGGGUAAUUAGAGGUACCCAAACUUGUAGCUAUAAUAGCCUGUUUAUUGAGAAUUAGGGGUGGGAAUUCGAUGGCGGUUUUGCGGUUAAACCACUAACUGCACCGAAACCACACGGUUAGUGGUUAACCACAAAUCGAAAAAAACAGGCUAUUUUGAGGUCGCGAUUAGCAAUAGUCCUCAUCCUCGCCUUUGUCCUCCUCAUCCUUUGGGAAUCUCUUCCUUGCGGUUUCUUGAAGAUAAACUCUGAUGCAUCUGUCUAUGACUCUGGUUGUUUGUCUGCCCACUUGUUCAUGGGGACAGACGAACAUGUCGUGUUGGCAAUUGGGGCCAACACUUUGGAGUCGCUGAUCCCUAUCUGGCAUAACUGCUUGUAGCUAGAGAUGCCAUUUUGCUAAUCGUCUCCAAGUCCCUGGCUCGGGUAUUCGUGGAAGGUGAUUUUGAAGUGGUUUUCAGCAACUUCGCCAAGGAGUUUACGAUGGAUUCUGUAGGAUGGCAUGUGCUACGAGAUUGCCUACAUGUUUUUGUCUCUAUGUCUGUCUGUAUAGAGUUUCGGGCGGUUCGUCAAACCGCAAAUAGGGCUACCCAUAGCGUGACGAGUAAAGCUCUGUUAUUGUCGCCUCUUGAGUUAGUUUCUUUCGACUUUGUAAGGUGCCUUCACUGAGAUGUUGCUUUGGGAGGGUUCGUGGGUAGAUUUUAUUGUUUAUCUUUCUAUUUUGUCAUUACUUAAAAAAAAAGAUGAAAAUCUACUAUGUGAAGUAGCAACAAGCUUGUUUUACUUCCUCGUAUUUAAUUGUUUUGACAAACUCUAAUUGUAUAGCUCGUUGUAUUUGACCAUCGGGUAAAAUAACUCGGAUACCAAUUCAGUUUAAGAAUUGGUGUAACCAUACCACUUAAGUUUGAAUAGGGCGUCGGGUACAAUUAAAGUCGUUGAAAGGUGUAUCCGUCUAGUGUUGCAUGCAACCAAAACUUUUAAUUAUCUUUUGGUACUCAAAACUUUUAAAAAUAUUCAAAACUAUAUUUCAACAAGUUUUAUCUAAUAUAAGAAUUAGAAACCCUUCUAUAUUAGAAUGGCUAAUGAAAUUUUGUCAAUAAA